UUAUGUACCCUAAAAAAGAGUCUAUGAAAGAUUUAAUACUUUGCAAUUUAUAAUAUCAAUCGUAUUAGUUCAUAGAAAUUUAAAUUGCUGCAUACAAUACAUACACACACACACACACACACACAUUAGUUAUGCAAAUAUGUAAUUACAUAAUUCGAAAAUGUAUUCACAAAUGAUGAUAGUUGCGUUAUAUUUCCGAAUUUCUUUUUAUGAUCUAAUACUUGUACGAAAAUACGUACUAUACGUUUCUAUAUGCUCCUACCAAUCAGAAGCUAUCUUAAGACUUUUCAGAAAAUAUUUAGUAUCCGAUUAUGAGAAAUAUUUGAUUGCAUGAGAUAAAAUAUUAAAUUGCAUAUAACAUAAAAAUUAAAACAACAUUACAAUAUAUUCAUUAUCUUUUAAAUAUACAAUAAAUUUUAUGAUCAUCUUUAUCGAAGUAGUUUAAUUCUGAUUUUUUGUCCAAAUUUUAUUGGACAAUAUAUUUGUACAUUAGAAUACAUUAGAGUAGCUUAAUAUACAUCAUACAUAUAUUUCGUUUAACGACUAGUAAUAUAUACAUGUAUACAUUUAGUUAAAAUUUACUAGGAUAUUAUUAAGUUGGUGUAAAUUCGUUAUACGAGAUUUGGCGCCAAACAAAAAAAUCUGCUAUUGUAUCAAAUUAGGUAUUUUGAACUGUUAAUAUCGGUGAAUUCAAACAAAUGUGAAUUCUUUUUUUAUUUGUGCAUAUUUAACGACUGUUUAAAAAAGUUAAGUAAAAAUGAAAUUAAAUUGUAAUGUUGAAGUUAAUAAUCGAAUGCACAAUUUGACAAAUUUAUCGAUAAGAAAAAAAUCACAACGUGGAUAUUUGGUUAUUGGAAGACAAUCUAUAAAAAAUGAUGAAUUAUAUAUUUUAUUACAAACAGAGCAGAACAAAUGUGGAACUAAAUAUAAGGUGAAUGAUAAUAUAGAGAUGAUAUUUGUGAAAUUUAUUGAAAAUGGGAAAGCAACAAUUAGAAUAAAAGAACCUCCUCAUGAUUUAAUUAUACAGAGCGAUGCAAUACCAUUAAAGAGUUUUAUUCAUGUUUUAAAGCUUGCAUCGUCCAAAAAAGUACAUUUAUCAACUCUUGCAAUAUCUAAUUUAAAUGGCAAAAAAAUUAGUAAUACGCAGAAAACAAAAAUAACUGUAAAAAAGAAUUCUGAAUAUCCUACUUUACAAGGUUUUCCAAGAUUUACAGAAGAAUUACACAUCAUAGGAUUAGAUAGGAAAUCAUUUGAUCUUCAAAUUCUAAAACUGAAUCGUCUAAAAGUUUUAGAUCUAUCAAACAAUCAAAUAACGUCCUUACCUAAAGAUUUAGGUUCUUUACCUCAUUUACAACAACUUAUUUUGUCUCAAAAUCAACUGGGCAAAGCUGCUAUUUCUAAAUGGACAUGGCUAGACCAAAACAACAUUAGAAAUACUUUAUGCUUAUUAGAUUUAAGUUGUAACUUUUUAACUGAAAUACCAGAGAAGAUUGGAAAACUCAAUGCUCUUGUCAAUUUAAAAUUAAGCUGUAAUUCAUUAAUAUAUUUACCACAAAGUAUGGGAAAUUUAAUUUCGCUCAAAUAUUUGGAUUUAUCACAGAACAGUUUACAGUUUUUACCAGGAAGUAUGAGGAAAUUACGAUUACUGGAAAUAGAUGUAUCUGGAAAUUCAUUCUCAACAACUAAGCCUUAUUAUGAAAGUAUAAUGCAAUUACCAAGUCUUGUUGAGUGUGCAGCAAGAAUAUUUUUGAAAACAAGGACAAACUACAAUGCAAGUUUGAUACCUAAUACAUUGGUAAAAUAUUUAGAUUCUGCAAAAUAUUGUUAAAAUCCGUCCUUAAUAUGUAGAAGAACAAUUCAAGGAGAAGGCUUCAGCUUCGGGCGUGUGACGUUGUAUAAGAAUAAGAGGGUUGAAGUGGUACGUAACAUUUUUUUUGUAGUCGUAUAUAAAUUAAAAAUGAUGUUAGGAUAAUAUAAUAUUGUUGUCUCGAAAAGUCGAUUUUUUCAAAAUCUAUACUUUUGGACUGUACUAUUCUCGCGCUAUAUGAUUUCUCGUGCAAUGAACGACAUGUUGAUUCCAUGUUAGUUUUAAAAGAUAUGAUUCCAUAUUUAUCUGAUAAUAAGAUUACGUAUGUCCAGAUAAAUCGAAUACACAUAUCACUUAUCUUUUAGUAUUAUUCUCCACUGGAGAUUAGUUUCAUUUUUAAUAAUCGUAUAAUGAUACUUUGAAAAAUUUCCUGACAAAAUUUCUAGUUCAAAUUAUAUUGUGUUUUUCGAAAAUCAAAUUACGAUUUCGUCAAUUUCAUUCGAAUUUUGAUAUAUGAAAUUAGAUAAAACCGAUGAAAAAAAUUAUUAAUGAUAAUUGUUUAUCAUUUUCUGAAUAUAAACGUGAUAAGAACAAGACAAUAUUUGAUAAGUUUAUUGCAGAGAUACAUUAUCCAAUCUUACGAAUACUUAAUUAUAUAAGAUAAAUAUAUGUAGAUAUAUGAGUACAAUAUUUGUGUUCGCCUGAUUAUAAUUAAAAAUGUCUGUCUUGGAAAAAAUGGAAAAUGUUUUAUAAUCUAUUUUGAUAAAGAAGAUAUGUUUGAGUUAUGCUUUAAAAAUUAUAUAAGCAGAUAUUACAUAUUUUUCAGACUUAUAUAUCGAGUCUAUUACAAUGAAAUAUAACAAUGAAUAAUCAUGAAACGUAUUAAUUGUAUAUGAAUGUAUAUGUGCAUUACAUGCGAACGUAUGUGUAUUAAAUUUUUUCAGAUCGUGAAACUAUAAGCUAGACUGAAUAUAAUCUGAAAAAAAGAUAGUCUAAAAAUUCUCGAAAAAAAGUAAUUGGUUUUUGUAAUUACCUACGAACUUUUGGUCCAUUCUGGAUAUGUAUAUAUGUAUUAAAACCGGUUCUAGUAAAGGUCAGCGAAAUAUUGAUAAUCCUGUGAAAAAUAUAUAUUCCAGUUUUACGAAAAUGUCGAAUGAAAGGGCUGCGCAUGGGAAAAAAGUAGUUUUAAAAUUUACGAAUAUUUUUCGUUAAUAUAUAAUAAUUUCUUCUAAAACUUUAUUGGUUAGAUAAGUGGACAGGACGAAGAAAAAAAAGAAAAAUAAAUUAUAUAAACGACCGCAGCGACGUAAUCACAGUAGUUGACAGAGACUGUUAAUUCAAAAAUGUUACAAAUCAUAGAUAGUUAGUCCGUACCUGCGGUUAGAACAUAUAUAUAUAUAUAUA